GGGAGCGCGGAUCGGGGACGAGCAUCGGCGGCGCGGCUCGGACACAGCGGCAGAGAGAGGGAGAGAGACCGCGGACAGCACAGCACAGCACAGGGAGAACCGUCGCUGGAUCGCGAUCGCUGGGCCGAGGCGGAGGCCGGUCGGUGAAGGAUAAAGAUCGGUGUUGUUGAUGAUGUCCCAGGAGAAGGCAUACCUGGUCUCAGGAGAUCCACAGCAGCCUCCAUAUCCACAGAACGAGAUGUCUUUUGGAAACGAACACUUUCCACAACAGCCUCCACCGUACGGGCAGCCGGCUUUUCCUCCCGCUAACUACGGGCAGCCUGGAUUUCCACCGGCUAAUUAUGGACAGCCUCCGUACCCAGUCGCAGGCUAUGGGCAGCCUCCCUUUCCACCGAUGGCCUAUGGGCAGCCUGACAUGCCGCAAGGAUCAUUUGGAGAGCCGCCACAACCGGUGUAUCCACAGGCACCAUUCCACCAGCCACCCAUGCCACCACCUCCCAUGAUGCACGCAAAUGUUGGCUCGGGAAGCCCUGGCUAUCACGAUGAUGUCCCUCCAUCUUAUUACGACAACGAAGAAUUCAGUGCAGCAAACUUUGAAGAUAAGAACAUCCGCCGAGCAUUUAUUAGAAAGGUCUACUUGGUGUUGACUGCACAACUGAUGGUGACGUUUGCCUUUGUGUGCGUCUGUACGUUCGUUUCUGAUGCUAAGAAGUUUGUCAGGCACACUCCCUGGCUUUACUAUGCGUCGUACGGGGUAUUCUUCGUCUCACUUAUUGCACUCAGCUGUUGUGGAGAAUUCAGAAGGAAGCAUCCCUGGAACCUCAUCGCUUUGUCCAUCCUGACUCUGAGCAUGUCGUACAUGGUGGGAAUGAUCGCUAGUUUCUACGACACGGAUUCGGUAGUGAUGGCCGUUGGGAUCACUGCAGCCGUUUGCUUCACCGUUGUCCUCUUCUCCAUGCAGACAAAGUAUGACUUUACUUCCUGUAUGGGUGUGAUGCUGGUGUCUGUGGUCGUGCUAUUUUUCUUUGGAAUUCUGUGCAUUUUUAUCCAGAACCGGAUUCUGCAGAUUGUGUAUGCCUCUGUUGGUGCACUGAUCUUUACAGUGUUUUUAGCCAUUGACACGCAGAUGAUCCUGGGGAAUAAAAAGCUGGUUAUCAGUCCGGAGGAAUACAUUUUUGCAGCACUCAACCUUUAUACCGACAUCAUCAACAUAUUUAUGUUCAUCAUGACGAUUAUCGGGCACAGCAGAGAGUGAGAUCUCAGUGGAUGAGGAAGAUUGUUCUCCUGGCGUUAUGAAAAAUGUAUCCCAAAGCCAUCUUUCCUUGUAUUGUCUAGGUCAAUGAAUCUUCCUUUCGAACAAAUGCCUCCCCUGUGAAUAAGCAUGUUUGCAUGGAUGGGCAAAUGUGGAUGUACAGCUUCACUAGGGCCAUCAGAGCUUUCAAUCUCAGUCGCUUGGUGGAUCAGGUUUACCUGAUAUUCUCCUUCACAUGUAUAGUCCUGUCAGUUUAAGGACUCAUUACUCCAGAUCAAAGAUCUGAAGAUUAAUUGCAAAUAGUUCACUUUAAAAAAAAUCAUUUUGAAAGAGUAAGAUUGAAUAGUAAUAAAUUGAAGUACACUGAGUUGAAGGCCACUUGAGGACAAAAAAAUCCUCUGCCUGCAAACAUGCUGAUUUCUAGUUUGGGGGUCUGUAUAAUCCCAAGUGAACCUCAACCUGCACGUCUAGAGUUGACAACAUUAGAAUUCAGUUACUAAAUGUGAAACCUGUAAAAUUGUGAAGUAUGACAGUUUGAUUUAGUUAAAAACUGCAGCUUUAAUAUACUAAUCUUGUUGACCUAUGCAGGCUAUCUAUAUGUAGAACAUAGCAGGAAUUUUACAGUGCAGGCUGGAGUGUGAUUUUGCAAGGCAGUAGUAAUUGUUUUAAAUGAGUAUUUAAGACAAGCAAGAACAUUUGUCAAAAUCAAGCAGUUGCAAUGCCUGCUAAUAAAGUUAGCAUUAACUGUCCCUUGACCCUGAAUGAAGCUAGUGCUUAAUGAAGAAAGGGACUUUUUUCCUUUAUCAUAUGAAAACAACUUAUUUUCACAUAUUGGGAGAGCUUUGGAUUUACUUUCAAGUUAGUGCCCACUAGCAUAUUUCCAUUUGAGAAAUAAUGCCCCUCUUUGGCUAGCUGAGUUAGGGAUAUGUUCUUCGAGUGCUAUAUGUAUUUUUGGGUUAAAUAGUAGUAGUUUCCAGGUAAUGUUGCUGUGUACCAUUGUAAAUUGAUUAAGAUUGAAUUGCAUGCUCACAAUUUAUUUUAAUUCUUCUCAGAUUUAUAGAUUGGAGUUUGUGAUGCCAUGCUUUCACCAUUAUUUGGUAGGCUAUCAGAUUAAAGAGAGCAGGCUUUGAGUCCACGUGAUAGUAGCUCAAGAGACAUUAAUGGUUUUUUUUCUGGAUAGUAGACUGCUUAAAAAUAUUUUUGUUGCACUUGAAUUCUUUCAUUAAUGAUCGAACAGUUACGAUCUGGGCUUAAGUCAUUGUCCUGCCCUCUUUCUCCCCCCCCCCCCCGCUCAAUUUGAAAUGUUUGUGACCAGUUGAAGAAAUCUGGUCUUGUCAAUUAAGAUUUAGAGCAGUUGGGAGCAGAAGAGGACCCUGCAUAGGACAACAGAUGUUAACGCGAUGCACCUAGCUCCAAUUACACUAAUCAUGUAGGAUUAACUUUGGUGUACAUUUUUUUUUGUCUUUGUUGUAACUGCAUUACUGUCAACAGUCACAGGGACCAGGCAUCAGUAAUGACACAGCUGAACAGUCAGAGUUGCAUGCAUGUAACGGUAAAGAUUCUGUAACUAGCAAGCAUGAGGUAAUGAAGGAUUUGAUUUGUUUAAAAUUGAAUACAAUGAAGGAAGCUGGUCCAAAGAAAUUAAGAAAAGAGUUUAAUUUGUUACUGUGAAAUGAAAGUGAGAAGAAUGUAUUGUGCUUAAAUUUCUAAAAUGUUAUUUUUGAUUGUGAAUCAGAAUUUGUACAGCUGUUCAAAAAUGCAUGAGUAAAACUAGUUUUAAAUAAUGAUGUUUGAAGAAGUCUGCUGUAGGACUUGAACUUGCUGAAGUUUAGGUAUUUAUUUCUAAUGACUAUUCUAGGUAUUUCUUUCUAAUGUAUAAUUUAAUCCAUUUAGAUAUUGACAAAGUGAAGAAUGUUCUGGCCAACCUGCUUUUGUUUUGAAACAUUCUUUUAGUUUAAAGGGAAAAAAAUGCAUUUCUCUUCAAAGGUGGUAGUGGGACAUGCAAAGGCAAUUGUAAGGUGCUUACUGAAGAAAUGAGGAACUGCAGAUGUUGUUUUACAGAAAGAGAUACAAAGUGCUGGAGUAACAGUGGUUUCAGGCAGCAUCUCUGGAGAACAUGGAUCGUUGAUGAUGUUUCGGGUCAGGACCCUUCUCCAGACUGGUCCUGCUGAGUUACUCCAGCACGUUGUAAGAUUCUUAAUUUGUCUUUAUCUCCUAAAAUAAUCCUGCUGACUCUUGUCUGAUGAUUUCAGGCAGUGCUUUUUGUAGACAAAUUAGUGCUGGUACGCAUGUAAAUUAAAAAUUAAGCUACAUUUAUCAACAAAUUAUUUCUAUCAACAUAUGCUCUUCUGUUUUGACUUUGUAACCAACUAAUUUAAUAAAAUAACUAAAAUGUUACUAAAACUAUUUAACAUAACUUUUGUGAGGUGCCAUUGCAUUGUACCGGCGACUACUGUCAUGAAAAGGGCAUUGGUUUUGGGCCGAAAUCAAUUGUACCAUUGAACAAACUCACUGAUAUUUUCGACUCACAUUUUUGGAAUUUGCUUGUUCCUCAAUUGUAAAGUUUUUUCCAAAUGUUUUGGUUAUAGUGAGUUAAUACAUAUUCCUUUUGCUUUUGACUCCUUGGAUCCUGCUCCACUGAAAAGGGGAGAUGUGUGUCUCAUCCUUCUGACUUGGAAUCUUUGAUUAAAUGCUUGGCUUCUAAAAUGGAUUUGUGAAAAUAGUCUUGACAGCAAGUAGGCAUUCUCAUUCCAGCCGCAGCUGAAGAAAAUAAUGAAAUUGGAACUGCAAAAGGUGUCCUUUAAAAUGUUUUGGGUGAAGCAGAUUGAGGUGGUGUGGUGAAACAAGAAACUGCAGAUGCUGGUUGACAACAAAGGGCACAAAGUACGGGAGUAGCUCAGUUGGUCUGGCAGCAUCUCUGGAAAACAUGGAGCAGCAGGAAUCACAGAGGGGAAACAAUCUGAAGGGUCUCGACCCAAAACAUCACCUAUUCAUGUUCUACGGAGAUGCUACCUGACCGCUGAGUUACUCCAGCACUUUGUAUCUUUUUUUUGAGGGAAUAUGGGAGAGUUGUAGACAGUUUGUAUUGUAACGCUGACAUUUGCUGUGUAGUUGGGAAAAUGUGCCCCUUGGAAUUAUUGUGCAAUAAAACCAAAUUUCAUUGCAAAAACAAAAAUCUAAACUUUUUCAAAAAUAAAAAUUUGCAGUCCAGAAAUGGAGGCGUUUCUAACUUUACAUAAUCAUUGAUUGCAUGGGUCUACUUUCGUAACGUCCAAAAUGAAGGAACCUAUAGUGCUUAGUAAUUUUAGCCCCUCUCGGAUAUAAUCUUUUGAUUUGCCUCUUAAUUUGUCUGAUUUUUGCUUUUGUCGGUUUAAUCCAGAUUAUACCUGUUAAUUUGAGAAUGAUCUUGCUGCAUUCUUCGCACAAUGAAGUAGUUAUUUAUACAAUAUUGUCUCUUUAAUGUUGACGUGAUUUGACGUGUUUUUAAAAACGAUACAUGGAACCUCUGGCACACCUUUGCAAACAUUUUCAAAGUUAGUUUAUAUCCCUUACUUCAGUUACAGUUUUCAACUAAACACAGCCCUGGUUGUAUAGAAUUUAUAAGAUUUGAGACUAUUUAUUGCUUAUAUUUUAUGCAUGAUAUUUAAACCCGCAGCAUUUGAAAUUAUUUCAAAACAAUUGUUUUUAAAAUAUUUGGUAAGCUUUAACUCUGGGAUAAAUUUGAGACUGCUGGAAGCUUUUCCUUUUUUAUCCUUGAUUAUUAUCCUGAAGUGGCAGGAUUUUUUUUCAAUCAUUUCUCUUUAUGAAUUAUUGGGUAGGAGAGUGAGCUUUGGAUGUGUUCUUUGUUUGAUGUAAGCUAUGCACCUUAAAACAAGUUUGCUGCAUUGUUCUUUCGUGUUUUAAAUUGGCUAAAGGGUAGAGCAAAGCCACACUUAACAAGUCCAGUUUUCUAAACACCUCAGUAUUUACUGUUACCGAAGUUAAAUGUCCAGGUGAUGAAUCUGAAAAUGCGAUUGCCGGAGAUCUGUAAAUACAGAGGUAAAUACACUUCAGAGACAUUCUGUAUUACUAUAUUAACUUGUGCCCUGUUGCAGUGAUUACAUGAAUAAACUCUUCAUGCACUAA